CUUAUUUGAAUGAAUCUUUCUUAGUUUACAAAACCAGUUGCAAGAGGGCUAUACAGCUCUUCAAUCUUGCAUACACUCAAAAAUGUUAUUAAAAAAAAAUAAAUCUGCAUUCAAUAAUCUACAAAAACUAAACAAACUUCACUUUCUUCCUAGCUAAUUCUUAAAAUAGGAAUCUUUCGUUUCAUUAUUAAAACUUUUAUAAGUCUCCUGUAUACUUUUAAAUACUCCCCCCGACUCCAGCUCUGAAGGCAAUGCUACUUAAAAACCAGCCUACACUUAAAAGUUUCUUCUUUCAUAGAGAAUUACUAUUUUUAGAAAAAACAGAAUACUUAGGAAAGUUAACAGUAAAAGUAGAUAUUUAUUAAAACUAUGAAGAUUUAUUUAUAACUUUUACCUUGAAUGAGUAUUCAAAAAGAACAAAAUCUCAUAAUAUCAUCAUGUCUAAAUAAGAUAUUGAGAUGAUUUUAAAAAGACCAUUAGUUGAAGAUGUUAAAUAUAUGAGAAAAGAAUUACUAAUAAACAUAUCAAAAACGAUCAUAUCCAAGAUGCACUUACAAUAAAAUUUCAUUAAUAAAACUCUCAAAAUUAAAUUUGAAGGAAAUUCUUACAAAAAUAACUUUGACCAAUCAUAAUACUUCACUUCGAUUUAAAAGCAAGCUGAAAUUAAAAGCAACCUUAAUGUUUCUAAAAAUUUAUUUUUCCUUCAAAAAGAGCAUAAAAUUGAAAGAACUAUAUUCCAUUAAGCUGUGAUUCAUAACAAUGAGUACAGUAUAGCAACUAUAUAAAGACACCUCCACUUUGAUGCCUUUAUUUUUAAUAUCUACUUCCCUAAAUCUUCUAGAAAAAUCAGAGCCUACUUAACCCUUAAUGAACUAAAAGAGUUAAAUUAAGAAGAUAUGAGGUAAAUCAUGAGAGAUAUUUUAUAAAGAUUGAGUAUAGUUGAGUCUAAAGAUUUUUCAUUCUAAGAUUACUUGAAUCAUUCAAUUAAAUCACAUAAUUCAAAGCUCCUAAGCAAGCCAUCUCUAAACUUUGAUUCCUAUUUUAACUAAUCAAGUGCAAUAAAAUUAUCUAAAUUGGAAUACAAAGUGAGUAAAGAAAUAAAAGAGUUCGAUAAAUUCACGAAAGAAAGAAAUAGAAAUACUUAAAAUCUUCACAAUUCACAAAGCUAAAAAUACAGGAAAAGAAGAGAGAAAUUAGAGAAAUUUAAAGAAAUUAGAAUUUGGGAAAAAAUCCUAGGUUUAAUUUAAAUUGUAUAAAAAGGUGAAUAAUACUUUGUUGAAAUUGGUAGCAAUGCAGUUAUUCCUACUAUUGAGUAUUUGAAUAGUUAGGCUAUUAGGAUAGAUUCUACUAAUGAUAGCUACUUUGCAGAAUAUUAUUUUUCUUCUAGAAUCAGUAAUCCAAAUACAAAUUCUUCAAUUUCUAACAACUUUCCAUAUAUAUCAUAUACAAAUUCAGAGGAUUAUGAUAUAUUCCUUAGAUUCUUUUAACUAGGUUAAGAUAAAUUUAUUCAAAAAAGAUUAAACACGAGAAACCUAUUAAAUUUGUAAGUUGCUGAUGGUUUCUUUAAGGAUUAAGCCAAUUUCUCCUAAACAAAAAUAUUGCUUUGUGAUUUAUAUCAAAUAACUUACUUCAUUUCACAUAAAAUAAGCAAUAUGGAUUUCCCAGAAAUUUAAUCUCACCUUCCAUUCAAUAGAGAUAUGAGUACAAAAUCAUCAUCCUCUUAACUUAUAAACAAGAGAAAUAUGAUGAGAAGAUUAGUUUGCCUAGUUGUUGAUGAAGAUAAGCUUUACUAAAGUAAAUUUACACAAGAAAGUAGCUCAUAUACAGAAAUAAUUAGCUGUAAUCCUUAAAUAAUUGUCACAUAUUCCUUCAGCACUGGUGAGAAAUAAUUGAGAAUCUGUAUAUAUAUACCUAAUAGUGGGUAGCAGUAUUUUUCUUAAAUCUACUUUACAGAACUUGAAUAAAAAAUUCCUUUAUUCUAAGUUUAUUACAAUUCCAACUCUUACAAAAAAUUAUUUAGAUAGAUAACAAUAUUAUAUAAGCAAUAGCUUCUUGAUAUAGUGAGUCAUUUUUUAUGA